CCUGGCUGAUAUUUACCUUGCUUAUGACUGUGACGUUAGUCGUCUUCAUUGUCGAUGCAUUCAUAAGCUUCCUGAAGUACAACACUGUCACCCAAAUAUCCGCCGACAACAAAAAUCGUAUCGACUUUCCGGCAGUGACCAUCUGCAAUAUGAACAUGGUCAAAAAGAGCAUCAUUCAUUGCAAUAAUACAGCGUUUGUAGGAUUAGACACACUCUUUGUGAACUUUGGAGAAACUUUAGUGAUAGAGGAUAGGUUAACAGAUGAACUGGAUGUAAUAUUUGGAAAAAUUCCAAACGGGGAAGAAAUGUUGCACUGUGUUCGGGAAUAUUCCAACACCGUACAGGAGAUGCUGCCAAUAUGCACUUGGAAAGGAAGACUGGAGCCGUGUCAGAAUCUAUUUAUAACUACGCUGACUGAGAUGGGUGUGUGCUUCACAUUUAAUGGGGAAGGGAACCAGCGGUUACAGACAUCGUACUCCGGAUCUGAUGGAGGCCUCGGAGUGUUUAUUGACAUUCAACAAGCGAACUACUUUUACUCGUCUACCAUUCAAGCAGGGAUCAAGGUGGUCCUCCAUGAACCGGGGGAGGCUCCACUUCCUUCCUUGGGUGGAUUUUUGGUGGCUCCUGGACUGUCAGCUGAGGCCGUCAUCAGCAGAACAAGGAAAAAAUUCCUAAAUGAACCGUAUGGCAGCUGCUUAAACAUAAAGGAAGUGGGGAACCCUCUACAUCGAUACGCAUUCUACAGCGAAAAGGCCUGCCGCAUGGAGUGCAUGAUAGAUUAUUUGGUCAGUGCUGAUGAACACUGCAGAAACUGUCGUUACUUCCUCUACCCCGGAAAUGCAUCGGCAAAUGAUUUUACAAGCAACUGCAAGUGCAAAAGACCAUGUAGCAUGUACGAAUACAAAACGUCCAUAUCGUAUGCUCGGAUCAUGUCGGACUUUAUGAGCACCUACUUUGUUACUGAGGGAGUUUUCUUGUCCAGCAUUUAUACAAAAAGUGGAUCAAAUGAAAAUAUUUUUUCUUCCCUUUUCAGAGACAAUUUCAUAGAGUUGAAGAUUUAUUACGAUUCCCUGAUUGAGACCGCAGUAACGGAAGUCCCCGAGUUCAAUAUUUUUGAGAUGCUCAGUGAUAUCGGAGGUCUCAUGGGGAUUUUCUUGGGUGCCAGUCUGCUGUCUCUGGUUGAGUUGCUGGAAUUUUUUAUACUUCUUCUUCGACCUCGCAACAAAUUGAAGACCGUUGAGGUCCCUGCAUUGGAGAAUGGAGCGAUGUCGCACGAGGCGGGAGAUGGGACGGAGACUCACAGCAGUGUCCUUAAAUGAUUUAGCAAAUUGGCAAAGGCAACUGGAAAUUCAAACACUAGAAGCUAUAUUGAUCAGAGGAAACUAGAAAUGCAAAAAACAAACUCCAA